CUGACGGACCUACACACGCACACGUAUACACACCCAACGCAGAAGGUCCCUGUGUUAUUUCGAUCACUUUGCCAUCGCCCCCCCCGCACCCCUGUUCCUUAAGGGAGCUAAUGAACAGCAAUGCUCUGCGAGAGAGCAUGCCAUUAGGCUCACAGGCAUUGGACUCCAGUGUUGUACAUGAUUACAAUAGAACACGACCUCUAGCCCUAACCCAAAGUAAGAAUAGCGUAUUUAUUCCUGGCUCACCACACUAAUAUAGUCUGUGUGUGGUAUUUUCCAACUCUAGGUGGUCCGCAUUAGACAAUGCGAGGUCUUUUCAAUCCAGAUGAAUGAAUACUAAAUGACCAUGUCUCCGGUCGAGCUUGUCGUGAAGUGCUCUCCAAUCUUCCAGAUUGCAUGUCUUUGUUUCAGCUGCUUGUGUGGAAUGUUGUCAACCCAGAUGACCUGAGAAUGUACUGGAAGCUUUUCCCCCCCUCAGAUGUGGUGUACAGUUUUCUAGCUUGACUGUCAAUCUUUAUGAACUCCAACAGACUGCACACAGAUACACACACACACACCCAUACGGACAACAUCAGACAAAGCUGUUGCUAAUACCGUAAUCAACAUGCUAAAACUCAGUUUGAGGGAGGGGGUUAUUACAGUAUUAUCAUCCUUAGAAAUAAUUAUAAUAUUCCCCACACACUGCUACUGCAUGUCCAUUCAAGUGCUUUUGUUCGGCGAUUGUUUGCAGAGUAAAUUCCACAUCUUUUGGGAAACAAACGGCCUCACAAUCGGAGAAGCUAUUCUGGGCCGCGUUGCACGAGGGCUGCCAUUGUGCCAGGCCUCUGCACUCGUACAGAUUGAACACUGGCUAUGAAUGAGCCCGGGGGAAAAAGGAGCAACCUCUCUCUCUCGCCUCGCCCGCCCUCGCGUGCCCUCUCUCUCGCUCUGCCGUUCAUCGACCGUCCCGUCUCCUUUGAUGACUCGGCGCGUCCCCCGCUGUUUCUGAAUGGAACACUGUGUUUGUUUGUCCUCCUCGUGAACAGGAUGAAUAUGAGACUGCAGGGAUGAGGGGUGCUGAGGAUGCUAAUGCCCGGGGGGCUGGCAGCUAGCGAUUCGAACGUCUGGGCUCUUCAUUGCUAUGGUUCUACAGUGCUGUAUUUCUCCGUCUCAGUGUCCCGGACUUGAGUCACAUUCGCCCCAGGAAGAUGUGUGUGUGUGUGUAUUCAUCCUCUCCCCCCUGUGUGCUGUGUGUUCCAGAGGUGCCCAUGGUGAUCUACCUGUUCCUCCUGGUGUCGCUGGUGUGGCUGUGGGCGGGGCUACACAUGGGCUACAGACACCUGUGGAUGCUCAUCCUCUACGUGAUCUUCAACUGCCUGCUGGGUCUGUAUGUGUUCGCGGUCUACUUUCUGAUGCACAACCAGCUGUGCUGGCCGUCCAAGGCCAGCUACACGGUGGAGAUGAACGGCCACAGCGGGCCGGACGCCACCUACCAGGGCGGGGCCUCCACGGUGGGAGGGGAGAUCAGCAAGUCCACCCAGAACCUUAUCAGCGCCAUGGAGGAGGUAUCUGCGGACUGGGAGCGGGCGUCUCUGCACGCGGGCAGCCAGCCCAGCAGUGUGUACAAGGCCAGCCCCCCGAGUCAGGGCUUCACCACGGACGCCGGCUUCAUCAACACCACCCUCGCGGCCGACGAAGAGUCGCAGGAGUUCGAUGACCUCAUAUUUGCCUUGAAAACGGGUUCAGGCCUUAACAUGAGCGACAACGGCUCCCUAAACGGGAGUCCCGACGGUGGCAGCAUGGCCAACUCCCAGAUCGUGGAGCUACGACGCAUCCCCAUCGCCGACACACACCUUUAAACCACCAUCUUGCUUUCUUUUUUAUAUAUCGGAGAGAAGAAGAAGAAAAAAAACACACACACAACAGUAUUUUUAUACUUCCCCUGCCUUUGCACUAAAACACUGUUGUUGUGUUUUUUAUAUAUAGUUUUCUGUUUUAGUUGGUUGAGGUCUUGAAAGACUGUGUUGUUUUUUUAUGUCUGUUUUUAUAUAUAUGUAUAUGGAUAUAUAAAUGUUUUACUAAAUUAAUUUCUUAAAAGUCCUUGACGGAGUUUUUGAAGCGGAUGUCUCUCGGGAUGUAAAUGUUUUUGUAUAGUUUUUAGUAGACGAGCACCCUUAAACCCCUCGGCAACGGUUUGUGUAACAUUGUUAAUAAACAAUUCAACAUCUA